GAAGGAUAGGGGGGAGGAGGAGGGGAGCUGGCGGCCAGGGCAGCUUGGUGACGAGGCUGGCCGGCCAAACAGAGGUGGCUGAACUGCCUGCAGCCUGAGAUGGGGGGACAGAUCACCCGGAGUACCCUCCACGACUCUAUCGGGGGCCCCUUCCAAGUCACCUCCCACAGAUGCCACCACAAGCAGAAGCACUGCCCGCCGGUGCUGCCCAGCGGGGGGCUCCCGGCCACACCACUGCUCUUCCACCCGCACACCAAGGGCUCCCAGAUCCUCAUGGACCUCAGUCACAAGGCUGUCAAGAGGCAGGCCAGCUUCUGCAAUGCCAUCACCUUCAGUAACCGCCCGGUGCUCCUCUACGAGCAAGUCAGGCUGAAGAUCACCAAGAAGCAGAGCUGCUGGAGUGGGGCCCUGCGGCUGGGCUUCACGAGCAAGGAUCCAUCACGCAUCCACCCCGACUCGCUGCCCAAAUACGCCUGCCCUGACCUGGUGUCCCAGAGUGGCUUCUGGGCCAAAGCACUGCCUGAGGAGUUUGCCAACGAGGGCAACGUCGUUGCUUUCUGGGUGGACAAGAAGGGCCGUGUCUUCUACCGCGUCAACGACUCCGCCGCCAUGCUCUUCUUCAGCGAGGUCCGCACGGCUGGCCCGCUCUGGGCCCUAGUGGAUGUGUACGGCCUCACGCGGGGUGUCCAGCUACUAGACAGCGAGCUGGUGCUGCCCGACUGCGUGCGGCCGCGCUCCUUCUCGGCGCUGCGGCGGCCGUCGCUGCGGCGCGAGGCGGACGAGGCGCGCCUGUCCGUGAGCCUGUGCGACCUCAACGUGCCGGCCGCCGACGGCGAUGGCGACGGCGACGGCGACGACGGCGCGCCCGCCGCGGGCUGCCCGAUCCCGCAGAACUCGCUCAACUCGCAGCACAGCCGCGCGCUGCCCGCGCAGCUGGACGGCGACGUGCGCUUCCACGCGCUGCGCGCCGGCGCGCACGUGCGCGUGCUGGACGAGCAGACGGUGGCGCGCCUGGAGCACGGGCGCGACGAGCGCGCGCUCGUCUUCACCAGCCGGCCCGUGCGCGUGGCCGAGACCAUCUUCAUCAAAGUCACGCGUGCGGCGGGCUCCCGGCCCGGCGCGCUCUCCUUCGGGGUCACCACGUGCGACCCGAGCACGCUGCGGCCAGCCGAGCUGCCCUUCAGCCCCGAGGCCCUGGUGGACCGCAAGGAGUUCUGGGCGGUGUGUCGCGUGCCGGGGCCCCUGCACAGCGGCGACAUCCUGGGCCUGGUGGUCAACGAGGACGGGGAGCUGCACCUGAGUCACAACGGCGCGGCGGCGGGCAUGCAGCUGUGCGUGGACGCCUCGCAGCCGCUCUGGAUGCUCUUCAGCCUGCACGGCGCCGUCACGCAGGUCCGCAUCCUCGGCUCCACCUUCAUGGCCGAGCGAGGUGGCCCAUCUGUGCCCUGCUCGCCUGCCUCCACACCAACCUCCCCCAGUGCCCUGGGCAGCCGCCUCUCGGACCCCCUGCUCAGCACCUGCAGCUCUGGGCCUCUGGGUGGCUCUGCUGGUGGGACGGCUCCCAACUCACCAGUGAGCCUGCCCGAGUCACCAGUGACCCCAGGCACAGGACAGUGGAGCGACGAGUGCACCAUUUGCUAUGAACAUGCAGUGGACACGGUCAUCUACACGUGUGGUCACAUGUGCCUCUGCUAUGCCUGCGGCCUGCGCCUCAAGAAGGCCCUCCACGCCUGCUGCCCCAUCUGCCGUCGCCCCAUCAAGGACAUCAUUAAGACCUACCGCAGCUCCUAGCCCCCCGGGAGCUCCCGCCGCACACCCACGUUCUGCAGACUUCACACUUCAGCCCGGCACCAGCCGAGGGCCACGACCACAGGACCCCUUCUCUUCUGCAUUUUGCCAGUUUCCUCCUUCUCCAUUAAACAUGGGAAAACCAAGGCCCCUGAAGGUUUGGGCUGAGAGUGGGUCUGAGGCAGGGGGUAGGGGCAGAAGCGUAUCAUGGGCAGAGGAGGGGGGUCCACCCCCCUCACCUUUCCCUUCUCGGCACGGAGCUCUGUCCUGCAUACCCAGGGGCUUAAUUGGGUUUCCAGCCUGACCCUAUCUCCUAAUCUGGGCCGAUUUACAGGGGGUUCCUGUAUCCUGUGUGGCACCUUGGUGAGACUUAGAAAACAUAUUGUCCCCUGGGCAGCUGCAGCCUCGCACAAGGGCUGACCAGGGGAAGUCGUCUUGGAUCCUUGCUUAGGGUGCACAACCUGCUCAACAGAUCCCUGAGUGGGCGGCUCCUGCCUGGCCAUUGCUUUAGCCUAGCACCUUUGCCCUCUUCUCUCUCUUCCCUGCCCAUGGGGCCUGGCCUCUGAGGAGGUAGUCAGUGGCUUCCUCCCGUCCUGGGCAGCUGCAACCUCAGGCCAUGUCUUUCUCCCAGAAUGGGUAGGUGGACAGACUCCAAGUCAUUGGCCUGUGGCCAGCCAAGGGUAGGAUCUCUCUUGGCCAUAGCCUUCUGCACCAAUCAUCUCACUGGUGUCAUUGCCCAGGGGUGCCCUCGGGUCUGGCCUUCCCCAUCUCAGUGCUGGCCUGGGUCCAGGCUUAUCCUUAAGAGGCCAUUAUAUGCCCGGAAGGGGUCAGGGCUUUCCUGGGCUAUGAACAGCCCUUUUCCUUGUUUUAAUUUAUUUAUUUAUUUUGUUCAUGAUUUUUGUUUGGUUGUUGGGUGAAUUCCCACCCUGGGGGUCCCCCUGGCAAGGGGGCAGCAGAGGUGGCAGCCACUCAGAAUCUUCUUCAUUCCCCUGCCACAAGGCUCAUGGCCAGUCGUGUCCGUCCAUCUGGAAUUGUGUCUGUUUUGCAGAGAGGCAGGUGAGCCUCCCCUAGGGUUCUGGGACUGAGGGACCACCCAGAGCCACACCUGCCCCUCUUCCCUGGGUAGGAGCCUUUGAUUGACUCAGGACCGUCAGGUGGUCUAGAAAUCUGCCUCUAUAAGGACAUCAAAGGUUCUGGAAGGUUGAGGAAGGGGAGUGCCACCUGGGCCAGGGACCAGGACCCUUGUCAGGAGGGCAGGAAAUCCAUUGCUAGGACAAAGGGCAAAGGAGGGCUCCUGGCGCCUCUGGGUUCUGUGGAGGAGCUCCUGCCUCCACCACUCUGUAACCCUGCCUGUCUCUGCCGCGUGCAGUCUUGGCCUAGGCGUCUCCAGCCUUCCAGUUCCUGUGGCCUUCUCACAAAUGGCUUCUCCCUCGACAGGCCAGGCCCAGGGGUUUGUCCUGGCUGCCAACCACUUGUGUGGCCCUGCUCGAUGGCUGCCCUCUGUAGUCCAGCUUCUCGCUGCCGUGUAAAGCAGUUGUUUGGGGGUGGGACAGACUUUCUUUGUGGCUCCUGGGAGUUCUUUAGGGGUGCUGCUGAGGGGUGUUGGGAUGGGAGGUCCUGGGGAUGGAUGCUAGGCUAUUCCUUCCUGCACUGGCCUUGAAGGAACCUGAGAAGUCACUCGACCACCCUGGGUCUCACCACCGUGGUCACUGGCCCCACAGGAGACACCUGUGGGAGCAGACUAGGGCUGGUGAGUUGGCCCCAUCCAGUCCGGGCCCGAUGCCAGAGAAGAAAGGGCCUGUGCAGGCUUCUUGGCCAGAGGUUGGGAAAAGAAGCCACUGUCUACUCUGCUAGUGCCGGGGUAGCCACUACGCCUUUGUGAACUUGGUCGCUGUGAUUAUGAAUAAAGGUGAUUUCGUACCAGCCUAAGGGCUGUCCCGCGCA